GCUGGGGCCUUGGGAAUGGAAACAUCUGACCCACGUGCCGGAAGCCAGAUUGCGGCGACGGCGGCACGCCACUCCGUGUCCUACGGCGCCGAGCCUCCAAGUGUGUCAUCGCGAGACCAUCUGUCUGAAAUGGCCGCGUCCACUCAAGGACAUUUUGAGUCACUGGACCUUGCAGAAUUUGCUAAGAAGCAGCCAUGGUGGCGCAAGCUGUUCGGGCAGGAAUCUGGGCCCUCAGCUGAAAAGUAUAGCGUGGCAACCCAGCUGUUAAUCGGAGGUGUCACUGGAUGGUGCACAGGUUUCAUAUUCCAGAAGGUUGGAAAGUUGGCUGCAACAGCUGUGGGAGGAGGAUUUUUUCUCCUUCAGAUUGCAAACCAUACUGGGUACAUCAAGGUUGACUGGCAACGAGUAGAGAAGGACAUGAAGAAAGCCAAGGAACAGCUGAAGAUCCGUAAGAGCAACCACAUAUCUACAGAGAUGAAAAGCAAAGCUGAGGAGAUGGUGUCAUUUGUGAAGAAGAACGUUCUAGUGACUGGUGGAUUUUUCGGAGGCUUUCUGCUUGGCAUGGCAUCCUAAGGAGACGACUUCACUUCCAUUAUUACUGGUUUUUUCCACCUAGACCAGCCUCUUCACUCCAUCAUAGGAAAUCAAGUCUCUUCCUCCUCCUGUUCUCCUGUGCCUUCCUCCCUGCUGUAGCAUAUCCGAAUGGCUUCUAUAGGCAUCUGUUACAAACUAAUAAGGCCCCACUGUGAGCCUCAUGACAACAAUGGAAGAGACUAUAGAUAUUAGCUCUCCUCCCAGAACACUCCCCACUUGACUAAUCUGUAUGUCAGCAAGAAUGUUCCUUUCCCCCCUACAUAAGAUACUAACACAUAAUACAAGAUGACUCGCUGUGGAGGAUGAGUGGAUCCUCAAAGGUUGUCCCAAAUUUGAUUUGGAAAAGGAAGAACAAGCACAUAGAUACCUUAUGUGCUGCAUGGAAAGGAACUGAAUACAUUUGCCUUUAAGCAUGAAGAA